GUACUGUUAAUCGUAAAGGCUGAACAAUGGUUGCGGUGGAAAACCUCGGACGGAUACUGAGUGAUCUUUUUCAGAGAAAAGGAAAAGGUACUGUUAGAGAAUGGAAGCCAUUGGGUCAGGAGCAAGAUGGGUGCCUAAUAAUAGGAUGGUGGCUGGAACUGCAGACUGAAGAUGAGAACUGUCACAAACUUCAAACUUACAUUGGAAAAUACUAUUAUGAAGGCAACAGUUUAAAGGUCUUGUACAUCAUCAACUCUCUUGUCAAUGUUGUUCAGGCAUCAGUAAAUGCAUCAGACACUUUACUGGGUUAUGUCAUAAAAAAGAAAGUUCCUGCAUCUGUUGAUAUUGCUGAACCAGAUGGUGGAAAUGAGGUUUCAGAACUAUAUGAACCAUUCCUUGUGGAAAUUUCAGAGGAUGAAGAACGCUAUCCAAAAGCAAUAGGCAGAGAAGAUACUCAUCAGACAAUGGUACAGUUUUUAUAUCGAAAAAAGGGAGCCACAGCACCUGAAAAACUACUGAUGCUUAUCCAUCAGGAUUCAAUAUCGCUUCAUCAUGUUCAGCUAACUCGAAAUGACAAAGAUCAAUGGACAUUAAAUGGAGAUCCACCUUAUGAGUCUAUAGUAAAAACAUUCUGUUGGGCUCAGUGGGACUGUGUACACCAGUCACUUUAUUACAUUCACUAUCGAAAACCACAAAUCAGUGUUGAAGGGGAAGAAAAAGAAGAAAAUCAAGAGGAAGAGAUGUCGCCCACUCUGUCAUGCCUGCAAUUCCAUGAUGAAAUGCCACAUGAGACUGUGCUAAAUAUUCCACUGAAUCUACCUCAGCUUCCGAAGAGUGUGGAUUUACCAUGUGACUUCUAUGAAGAUGAUCCAAUUCCAUUGCGAAUUCAUGAUUGUUCCCUAGACCUGCAAGUCAUAACGGACCCAAAGGGCAUUAUUUGCAUUUGCCAUCAUUACUUGUACCAGCCUGUGAAAGCACCUGUACUGGACACUGGAAGUUCAGAAGAAUUAAUGGCAACUGUACACUUUGCAUAUUCUGUCACACUCCUACAUCAUGGCAGUGUCAUUCAUUGUGUUGUACCUGGAAUACUUUGGUCUCAGGCUCGCAGUAUGAAACCUACUUUUAUGUUACAUGGUGACCACCACAUGCUGGUCUUUGCACCAGGGUUAUUCGCACAUCUUCUGGAUAUUGGACUUUCACAUGAACCAUGCUGCCAUGUUUUGGCAGGGCCUGCAUUGCCUGGGGUACCUGGGCAUGUUGCACAGCUCGUUCCCUUGUUGCCACACUGUGAGAGUGCUAUCACACUUGACUUACCCUCACUAGAUUUAGUACCACUAUCAAUGCCACCUUCUCAUCUCUUUGAAGCAUUUAGGGAUGCUGCAGCAGCUGAAUCAACUGAUGACUGCCUAGCUAUUUUGCACUACUUCCUUGUCCAUGUUGGGGAUUCAGAUGCUGUUUCUCAGUUGCUUAAAACUUUUCUUGAGAAGCCAUUGAGAUUGAAUGUAUCACAAAUUCUACAGGAAAUGCUAGUUGGUGGCGCCUAUGCUUCCUCCUACAGAACAAUAACUUCUGAUGCACUGCCUUUGUUAGGAUUAUUGCCACUAACUACCAUUUCACGAAUCACUAAUAUUGAAGUAAAAAUCAACCGUCUCACAAUGUCCAUAUCACAAGAAACGCUGUGGAAUACUGCUAUGAUGCUGCUGUCACCCCAGCAGAGACUUGUUCCAUAUCGUGUUGAUUUGUGGACCAAGUUGUGGGAUCACUUAGCAAAGAGAAAUGAAAAAGAUAAAAGACGUUUUAGCUCCAGUCAGGUGGCAGAAAAGCUUAUGGUGUCACUAGUUUGCUAUCAGCCGGAAGCAUUAUCACGUUCCAGUACACCACUAUCUCCUGGUGCUAGCUUGGUUGGCUCAGGUGCAAUUGCAGAUAUGGCUGCAAUAGCAGGCAAUAGGAAAGGUGGUUUUGCUGACAUGCUGCCCUUCUGUGAAGUAGAAAGCUGCACAGCGAGUAAACAGGAACACGUUAUUUCUGUUAAUCUUCGAGAACUGAGCAUGCAUUUGUUAAAGAAUGGGAGCAGGCAAACUCCAAUGAAUGUCCAUAUUGUAGCAACACGCUAUGUUGCAGCUCAACUAGAAGUUUCAAAACAUUUGUGUGCUAUGUUAUGUCAGUGUGCUGGCAUUGAUUCGUACAAAGAGCAAGAGAAAGGAUUUGCUCUCAUAGACCAGCUAGAUGAAGACCGACGCAAUGUAAUGUUUGUCCUCUUGGAGCGUUAUUACUAUGCCAUAGAAUCAUUAGCUUUCCCUCUGCCUCAAGGAUUUACCUCCUUUUUUACAUAUCUUGGAUACAGGACAUUGUCUUUCUCUAUGUUUCUGCAAUACCUUCAGCGCAGCGUUUUUGAACUGCAGAUUGAUGUCAUGAAGGCUAUUAUGGCAGACACAGAUGAUUCCAAGGAAGGUGUGAAAAGGAAAUUGCGACUGCUGCUUUUUCUGCCAAGAUCUAGAGCAAAGCGUUUGUUGAAUCAGUGGACACAUCCAGCAAGCUUGAUGUUGCGGGCUCGAGAACAUGCUUUAAACAUAUUGUCUGGUGUUGAAGGAGCACAAGCCCGAGGUCAUCCUUCACAGAGGACAAAGAAUAUUCAGUUGGGUUCAAAAGGUCUCGCUGCCUUUCCUUCUGCAGAUAGGUUAUCACCUCUAGACACAUUCCUUAACUUACUAACUGCAAAAGCCAAUCUGAAUGAACUUGAUUUUGGACUCCUUGUUGAAGCAACUGUAACAUCAACAGAAGACUUUCUGUAGUCAUUCAGUCUUACCUCAGUGGAAAACCAUAUUAACUGUGGAAAAUCCUAAACAGUACACAUACGUACAAAGUGGAUUUCCAUUCACUUUGAACAUGAAAGUACAAAGAAGCAAUGCAAAACUCUAACUGCCAUGGUCAUCUCUUCCACUUAGAAAUUUAAUAUGCUUAUAAAAAAUUAGAAUAUUACAUGAUGUUUGCCUUGGGUGAAAGUUGUGUGUAAUUUAAAACCAAAAUAGACACAUUUUGUUUUGUGGUAUUUAUUGUUUGUGAGAUCUCAAACAUAGUCGUUCAUAUAAAUGUAAUAUAGCAAAUAUUGUUAUUGUUCACACCAAAGAUAUGUAAAAUAUUUACUUGUAAAACAAUAGUGUGUAUGAUAAAGAGUGUAUAUAAAUACUGGAGACAGUCUGAGUCUAAGGUCUGUUAACAUCUAUUGUAAGAGUGGUCAUUUUGCACUUGAUAUAGGCUAUGUGGAGCUUCCAGAUUACAUGUACAUUUUCAUGUGCUUUUACCGUAUAAUUAGCACCAUGCCAUCAGCUCUCUGCUGACUGUACUGAUAUUAUUUUCUAUCUUGCAACAACCCUUUUUUUGUGUAUGAUAAUCUCUACAUUCCACUCAUUGCCUGCUGUUACCUUGUGAAGUUAAAGCAUUUACCACAUUCACUACUGCUUGGUAUAAGCUCAGCAAUUGCUUUGUAAGCCAGAACUAGUUGUGUUUCGCAGAAGUAGUCUAAUAAAUACAAUGUUAGUGUAAAAAUAUUGCCUUCAUUCGACUAGAGGAAUUAUUAAAGCAACACAGAUUUCAUUAACUGACUUAAAAAUAUGCAUUUUUAUGGGAUUUUGUCACCAUUUAAAUAUAUUGUUUUUGCAGUUUA